AUGGGACAUUCCCAGCAGAGGUGUAAUCCUCACUUUCCAGCCUGCAUCAUCGCAGGAUCGUUAAGAUCAAAGGAGAAGGAGAAACACAAUGAUGUUCCAAAGGUAGGACCCACAAAAACCACUGACCGUCAGUAUGAUCGCAUAUUUGGGAUUUGGGUUGAAGGGGUUGAACUUCUUCGUAGUUGUACUGCUGAGCCUACUGAUUCUGGAAUCUUCUGGAAUGUUCGUAAGGAUGUAACUAAAUAUUCAUCUCUUCUUAUGAAAUCUAAUUUAAAUCUUUCAGUUUAUAUGGCAAAUAUUGUUGAUAAAACUUAUACUGAUUUAAUACUAUCCAUUUUUAGAAAUUUGCCAUUAAAUGAUGGGUUAUGGUUUAAAAUUCAAAAUUCUACUGAUUUUCAAAUGAAGGAAUUGGUAAUCCCUAGGAAUGUUUAUAGAGCUGUAUUAGAAAUUUAUGUUUCAUUUCAUGAAAAUGAUGAAUUUUGGUAUACAAAUCUUGAUAAUGAUUAUUUAAUGGCUAAUAAUUUGAGUUUUCCUGGAAAUGUUUCUUUUAGGGAGGUUUUAGUAAAGUUAGAUGAUGAUUUAGUAGGAGCUGUUUGGCCAUUUACUGUGAUUUUUACUGUUGGAAUUAAUCCCCUUUUUUGGAGACCAAUUAGUGCCAUUGAAUCAUUUGAUUUAUCCUCUUAUGACAUCGAAAUUACUCCGUUUUUGGGUAAAUUGUUGGAUGGAAACCCACAUAGAUUCAGAAAUGAAAAGGUUUCAGUUUGUGCUGAUUCCUUUGGUCUUGAUUUGGAGUUUCAUCCAACUUUGAACUUUGGGUACGAGAGGAUGGAAUUUAAGUUCUCAUGUUUCUCAUCGAAUACCUGA